AAGCCAAGCCAAUAAUCCAGCCAAUCUUGUCGGUGUGCACGUGCACGUCUGGAACGUAUGUGUGCGUAAAGAUUACUGCAUUCAGCGCUUUUGUGUCAUGAUCGUCACAUUUGUAGCCACGGGAGGACAGUGUUGACUGACGGUCGUAUCUAUUCUGUGGACCGUCCCUAAUAUAAGCGUCAAGAUGUCCCGAAGGCCCGAGUAUUCUGCUCCUCCGGAGCUCUUUUAUAACGAAGAGGAAGCGGAGAAGUACACAAGCAACUCGCGUAUCAUGGAGAUUCAGACGGCAAUGUCGGAGCGUGCCGUCGAGCUUUUGGCUCUGCCAGAUGACGAGACAUGCCUCAUACUCGACCUUGGAUGUGGCAGCGGCCUGAGUGGCGACGUUCUAGAAGAACAGGGCCACGUCUGGGUCGGCGUCGACAUCAGUCGUGCCAUGCUGAAUGUGGCACAAGAACGGGAAGCUGCUGGCGACAUGCUUUUAGGGGACCUAGGCCAGGGUCUUUGCUUCCGCGCGGGGGCAUUCGACGGUGCUAUUAGCAUCUCAGCGUUGCAGUGGUUGUGCAAUGCUGACAAGAAAAGUCAUAGUCCCGUUAAACGCCUGCACGCAUUUUUCUCCAGCCUGUAUGCUUGCCUAGGACGCGGCCGGCGCGCGGUGUUCCAGUUCUAUCCGGAGAACGCCGAUCAAGUGGAGCUUCUCACCCAGCAGGCCAUGCGAGCAGGCUUUACCGGGGGACUCGUGGUGGACUACCCGAACAGCACCAAGGCGAAGAAAAUGUUCCUCGUACUGUUCACUGGUGGGCCACAAAAACUACCCGCUGCUCUCGGCGCGUCCUCUGAGCAGCGUGACCAAAUUGAGUGCACAGAGCGAAAACAGCGGCUUCACAAGCAGCGUGGCAAGGGCCCGAAGAGCGCAGCUGCCUGGAUUCAAGAAAAAAAGGAACGUCGUCGAAGGCAGGGCAAAGAGACCAGGCCUGACUCGAAGUAUACGGGCCGGCGGCGUUGUGGUAAAUUUUGAUAGUGGGCUGCCGUACUAGCUCGUGUUUGUGCAUGGCGGACACUUAUUUAAAAAAAAAUUGCUUGUAAACUAGUUGUUCUUGUAGUUUAAAUUUGGAUCCUUUCACAUGAACGUGUCUGCAAAUAAAUUGGACUGUCCAGGAGAAAACAUUUAUUUUUGUUUCUAUUUUGUUGACCCAGAAGUUUGUUGAAAGUCUUUUAAGGUUAAUGCGUUCCGACAAAAGCACAUAAUACUGCAUCAGGAAAUAUUCAGCCAAGCUCUUUGAUAUGAUAAAAUUCAUCCGACAUGUGUCUUCUGUUUUAACUGGUUGACAACAUGGUGACCCAAUUUAAGCAAUGUAAGGCACCCCCUUAUGCUAAGAUGUAGUGUACAGCCAUCGUUUUGAUGAAAGGGAACACACAAGUGCGUGGCAAAUGGCUUCGUGCCUCAUGUGUGGCACAGUGAAGUGGGGAAAUGUGAAAAUAAGCGAGUGGUGUCCUUCAUUCUACUGCCUAUACUACCAACAUGAAUACAUUUAUCUUUAUUUUACGCUUUCUUUUUCUUAUGCAUACUUUUUAGGAAGUUUCAGUGAUCAACAAUCUUUUUUGAUAAGGACUGUGGUUGUCACAGUUUAAGG